AUGGAGGACGGGCAGCAGCAACAGGUUCCGGUGCAGGGCGAACAACAGCAGAAGGAAUUGCAGCAGCAGCAAGGGUUCGGUACAUUCGUGGCGUUGGAGGAAAAUACCGGCCCACCGACGCUGGUGGACGAGCUGGGGUUUGAGAAGGAUGACGUGGUGCACGUGUGGAUGCCACCGGUGACCAAGCCGCCGACCAGUACGGCAGCCGAGGGUGAAGGAGGAACCCGAUUCGCUUGGUACAAGGCCACCAACGAUCGCACCAAGCAGACGGGCUACGUGCAGUUGAGCAAACUCUCAUCGCUCGACAACAACACACCGUACAGCCCCGGAACACCACGGCACUUCCAUCUGGGUUCCGUGUCGAUCGGUUGCGCCUGUGUUAGCGGCGGUCUACAGCAGCAGCAGCAACAGCAAUCGCAACAAACCGCCAUUGCGGACUCCUUCACUGGACUUCGGUUGGGAAGUGGCACCGUCUCGGCAGCUGAUUCGACCACAGCUGGUGCUGAGGAGCUCUACGUCAAAUGCGUCAAACCGACCUCGGUGCUGAAUGAUCCAGCCUUGAAAGAUGAAAUGUCUAGCAAACCCAAUAAUAGAGGUCAUGCGACCGAGUUCGUUUACUUUGUUACUCCCAUUAUAUGUUUGUUUUGCCGAGAUUACAUCUGGGGGCUUGGAAGGCAAGGUGGACAAUGUAGCAAGUGCUCCGCGUGUUUCCACAUCAAUUGCCUACCGAUGGCCUUGUACAGGCCGUGCCAAAGAAAUUCGGACAUCUACCAGAACAAACCGAGUACUUUCAGAACGGAAAAGUCAAUUAACGAAUGGACAACGGAAAAUGUACUGGAAUGGUUGGCCGCUGUUAAUAUGUGUGACCACGUAGAGGUAUUCAAAACGAAAGCUAUAAAAGGCUGUGAUUUACCGAAUUUGGAUCGUGAUAAGCUUGAACUAAUGGGUAUUAAGAAUGAUUUCCAUCAGCAAACCAUCCUGACGACGAUCAGACAUCUUCUGACGAGUGCUGACAUGACGACGGCGGCAGACAUCAGCGCAGUGUCGACCACGGCAACCGUCCCUACCAGCUUCGACCAACAGCACCAGUAUCAUGGACACAACCUAAUCGACGGUUCGUUUUCGAGACAGCAAAAAUGUGAUAUGUGCAAGAAGUACCUGUUCGGACUGGUCCACCAGGGACUGUUCUGCACCCAGUGCAAUCUGGUCGUUCAUCGACAGUGCUCGGUGAUGGGCCUGCGACCCUGCAACGCUGCUGACCGUGCGGCGCAGCAACUUCAGCAGCAGCAGCAGCAACAACCGCAGCUAACAUCUUCGACGGGCGUGCUGGGUGCGGUACAUCUGCAACAGCUGCAGCACGUGUUCGGCAAAAGCCUCUGUCUGCUGUUCGAUUCUAACGAGCAGGCUGCCCCGCAGAUCGUGAUGGAUCUGUGCCUUAGCCUGGAGAAGAAAGCGGUACAGGACAAAGGACUCGACCUGUACGCCUUGUAUCGCACUACGCCGCUUCGAUACGACGAGGUGAACAAGCUGCGCGACGCGCUUAACGAGAACAAUCUGCUCAACAUCGAUCUGAACACUUACUCGGCUGAAUGUGUCGCAACGGUGCUCAAGAAGUUUUUCCACGAACUGCCUGAUCCACUCAUUCCCGUGGCAUUGUACCAAUCGUUCAUAGAUGCUGCUGCGCUCGACGACACCCAGGCUGCCGAGCGUAUGAAUGUUAUUAUACAGGAUAUGGCGCCACAUCACAACAAGACGCUCCACUAUUUCAUGCGGCAUCUGAUACGAAUCUGCCGGUUGCAGUUCAUGCGCGGGAACAAGCAGCAGCCUACGAUGUUGCUGCAAAAUUGGUGCCAUAUUUUGAUGCGUCCAGCGUGGGAACGGAUUGUGCACUUUGUGGGCAACAUAAAGAACCACUUGCGGGUGCUGGAAAUUCUCAUGAACAAAUUGGACUGGAAUGAAACGCUUCCCGAGUUUCUCUCGACUCCGGCUGUUCCGCCGAGAAAAACGUCUCGCUCGAGCAGUAGUAGCAACAGCAGUGGUGCUCAGAGCAGUAGCCUUCUAGGUCCAACGAAGAAGGCCCUCAUUGCCUCACCGGAUGGUGGCACCGUCGGUCCACCUUUGAUCGAGAGCGAGGUCAGCUCCUCCAUCGGGCCAUCUUCGGUGCCGAUGUACCGCAAUGCGUCUCAGCAGCCGGUGGCCACGGUGGGAACUGGCUCCAUGCUGUUAGCAGAAAGCUCGCUGAUCACCGAUCCAGACACACCUCAGGAGUUGCGCGAUGCGGAAUGGUACUGGGGUAAGAUUCCGCGCGAUGUCGCGAAAGAGAAAAUGAUGGAUGCUCCGGACGGAUCGUUUCUGGUGCGGGACGCCAUCAAUGACGCCGGCGAGUUUACGCUCGUGCUGAAAAAGGACGGUGCGGAUCGACCGAUUAAGAUCUACCACAAGAACGGGAAGUACGGUUUCACGCAGGAGUGCACCUUCGAGAGUCUGGUCGGCAUGAUUAAUGAAUUCCGCACGACCACGCUGAAGGAGUACAAUACCAUCCUUGACAUAAGCCUGUUGUAUCCGAUUUCGCGGUUCGAGGAAGACGCGAUUUACCCAUCGGCCGCCGAUGUGCACCAGGUGGCGCAGAACUUCUAUGAGACGGUGCAGAAGCUGAACGACAUACAGAACGUGCGCGAGUCGUUAGUAGAAGCAUUCAAUCAGGCCCAGUCGCACCUCGAUUUGCGCAAGCAAGCCCAAGAUGCGUUCGUGGAGGCGGAGAAGCUGUUCAACAACCAGCUGCAAGUGCAAUCGCAUUUCGAGAAAGAGGCUCAACCGCACGAGAAAAACAGCCUGGCGCUUAACCGCAAGCUGAUCGAAAGCCGGUUGGAGGAGUUGCGUAAGUGCAAGAAAAACCUCGACGAGGAUAUGGAGCAUGAGCGCGAGCGAGUGCGGGAGCUUCAGCGUGAGCUGAUGAAGCUGAAACCGGAAAUAAUGAACCUCAGCAAGCUGAAAGAGCAGUACUUGGAAGCACUCCAGCGAUUGGCCAUCACGGACGCGCAGAUCAAGCAGAUACUCAAGGACGGUUAUCUAUCAGCGACAAACCCAGACGCUAGCCAAGAGUUGCCGCACCUGGACGAGACAACCUGGCUGCGGGAGCGUUACUCCCGCCAGGACGCGGAGAAGAAGCUGGCCAACAAACCGACUGGAACGUUCCUGAUUCGAGCGCGCAACGCUGGCCAUUAUGCGCUAUCGAUCGCGUGCGAUGGUCGGGUCAAUCAUUGCAUCAUUCACCAGACGGAACGCGGGUACGGGUUCGCUGAGCCGUACUUUAUCUACGACUCACUCAAAUCGCUGGUCGUCCACUACGCCACCAACUCGCUGGAGGAGCAUAACGAUCUUUUGCAGACCACGUUAAAAUAUCCGGCAUUCUCGUCCAUGGCUUCCACUGUCGCCACUGGUGGCGGAGGUAAUGGUGGCAGCGGCCCUGCACCAUCGAAUUCCGCUCGUCAACAACCACCCGGUGAUGGAGGCGCUUGGUCCGGUAUGACUUCGUUUGCCGCCUGA